CCCAAAUCCCCUUCACUGGGCGACAACAGACAAACCAUUCAACUACGCGCUCCCGCGGCGUCACCCCCACGACACAAUGGACGCCCUAACACCCUACAUCCCACCAGCCGCUCUCCCCCUCCUCGACGCGCUCCGCGCGCAAACACACCUCGUCGGCAUCUCGCUCCUCUCGCUCAGCGCCGUCUACCUAGGCUAUAUAUUCGUGCUAAAAGGACGCAAUGAAGCUGCCGUCGCGUUUAAUGUGCCGCUGCCGGCGGAGGUGCGGGCUAAUUGGCCGGGAAGGAGCUGGGAGGAUGCUCAGGGGGAGGAGAAGGCUGUUUUGGAGGGGCAGGUUCGGGGGCAAUGGAACGAUAAGCUGAUUAUGAGCUACUGCCCCGCCGAUGGUCGCAUCUUGGGCAAGGGUAUCAAACCUGCGACUCCCGACGACGUCAAUCGAGCGGUUCAGGCUGCGAAGAAUGCGCAGGGGGAAUGGGCUCGGACGACUUUUGGGGAGAGGAGGAAGGUGUUGAAUACGUUGCUGAAAUACGUUUUGGAACACCAGGAUCAACUCGCGGCCGCUUGCUGUCUCGACUCUGGCAAGACCAAGGUUGACGCAUCAUUCGGCGAGAUCCUCGUCACGGCGGAGAAACUCAAAUGGACCAUCGACCACGGCGAAAAAGCCCUGACGCCCAAUCGACGCCCCACCAACUUCCUCAUGAUGUACAAGAAGAACAUGGUCACCUAUGAGCCUCUGGGCGUCGUCUCCGCCUGCGUGUCGUGGAACUACCCCUUCCACAACUUCAUCUCGCCCAUCAUCAGCGCCCUGUUCUCCGGCAACGCCAUCGUCAUGAAGCCCUCCGAGCAGACGGCGUGGUCCUCCGCCUUCUUCCUGGAUGUCGCCCGCGGCGCCCUAUCAGCCUGCGGCCACUCCCGCGACCUCGUCCAGAGCGUCGUCUGCCUGCCCGCCGUCGCCGACGUCCUGACCUCGCACCCGGACAUCUCCCAGCUCACCUUUAUCGGAUCCCGCCCCGUCGCGCACAAAGUCUGCGAGUCCGCCGCCAAGUCCCUCACCCCAGUCACCGUGGAACUAGGCGGCAAAGACCCAGCCGUCAUCCUCGACGACGCGCGCACUGUCAACGAAGUCACCUCCAUCGCGUCCAUGAUGAUGCGCGGCGUGUUCCAAUCCGCCGGCCAGAACUGCAUCGGCGUCGAGCGCAUCAUCGCCCUCCCCAACAUCUACGACAAACUCCUCUCCAUCGUCUCCGCACGCAUCCCCACCCUCCGUCUCGGCUCCAUCCUCCUCGACCCCAGCGCCCCCGACAUCGGCGCCCUAAUCUCCCCCGCCGGCUUCUCCCGCCUCGAAUCCCUCAUCGCCGACGCCGUCAACAACGGAGCCCGCCUCAUCCACGGCGGCAAGCGCCACUCCCACCCCAAAUACCCGCACGGGCACUACUUCACCCCGACCCUCCUCGCAGACGUCACCCCCGACAUGGCCAUCGCGCAAAACGAAACCUUCGCCCCCGUCUUCCUCCUCAUGCGCGCCUCCUCCGUGCCCCACGCCAUCUCCAUCGCCAACUCAACACCCUACGCCCUCGGCGCCUCCGUCUUCGGCUACCACGCCCCCUCCGUAUCCGCCUGCGUCUCCUCCAUCCACUCCGGCAUGGUCUCCAUCAACGACUUCGCCACCUACUACGCCGUGCAGCUCCCCUUCGGCGGAGUGAAAGGGUCCGGCUACGGCCGCUUCGGCGGCGAAGAGGGCCUGCGCGGCCUGUGCAAUCUCAAGGCGAUUUGCGUGGACCGGUUCCCGAAGUUGGUCGCGACGAGGAUCCCGCCGCGGCUGGAUUAUCCGAUCAGUACCGGGGAGGAUUAUAGGAGGAAUGGCGGGGGCGCUUGGGAGACUUGUAAGGGGAUUGUGGAGACGGGGUAUCAGAUAAGCUUUGGGGGGUGGGUGAGGGGAGUUGUGCGGUUGUUGAGCAAUAUGUAG